AUGGCCUCGAUGACCCUGUUCGACGACGACCUCGACUUUGGUGGCCAAGGCGCACCCGCCGCUGCCCCCGUCGCCGCGCCACAGAACGACACCCUCGUCGUCGCCUCGCAGGUCGCCGCCCAGGACGGCUCGUACCAGGCGCUCGUGCAGGAGCUCGCGGGCAAGGGUGCCAAGGUCGAGAUGCAGAUGGUUGACCGCAUCGUCGAGGGCGCGACGACCCUCCCGCCCGCGACCUACAAGCACGCCGUCAUCCUCCUGCCCGCCAACCUCGUCGCCGCCUCGCUCCUCGCCCUCAUCGAGCCGGCCCUCGCGCCCGGCGGUGCCCUCGAGGUGCGCGGAGAGGCGGCCUCGAGCGACGACCUUCUCGGCGAGUUGACCUUGCUCGGGUUGUCGGGCGCCAACAAGACGGAUGGCGCAAUCCUCGCCGUCAAGCCGACCUCGAGCUCCGCCCCGCUUUCGCUCAAGCGCCCCGUCUCGGCGCUCGAGUCGAGCGCGACCGACCCGUCCUCAUCCGCACCCGUUGGCGAGGGCGUCGCCGCCAUGGCCCUCCCGACCCGCAAGUCGCGCGCCGCCAAGGCGUCCCUGUGGGCGUUCACGACUGCCGCCGCCUCGUCCGGCGCCGCGACGCCGACCAUCGACGAGUCGACCCUGCUCACCGACGCCGACCUUGAGCGCCCGACGCUCGUCAAGCGCGAGGACUGCGACGUCAAGCGCACCCGCAAGGCGUGCAAGAACUGCACGUGCGGCCUGAGCGAGAUCCUCCUCGACGAGAAGGAGGACGACGACCUCGUCCAGGCGGGCUUUGCGGCGCAGCCCAACGCGACGGUCGAGGGCGCCAGCACGGCGACCAAGCCCAAGGCGCGCAAGAUCAAGAGCGGCGUCACGAGCUCGUGCGGCAACUGCUACCUCGGCGACGCCUUCCGAUGCGGCAGCUGCCCUUACCUCGGCAUGCCCGCGUUCGAGCCAGGUCAGAAGGUCACCAUGGGCGGCUUCGACGACCUCUAGAUCCCUCGCUUCCAGCCGUAUCUCUCUCCCUCUCUCUCUCUCUUCCGCAUGUACGCUAUUCUCUUCGUCGUUCGGCCACCCUCCUCUGUAGCAACACCCUGAGCAACUUCGCCCUGGCUCGCCUGGGCACCACCAUCUCGCGAGCGAGUGUUCCCUCGCCGCCGCCGAGAGCUCUCUUGCGGGUUUCCUC